GCGGCUCCAGGUGGCCCCGGACCAAGGUGACACCCGGCCUGCCCCCGCCCCGGGGCCACCUGCCCCCUCGGCCGGCACGGACUCGGCGCCGCGCUUUCUUCUCACCCCGGAGCCGGCGGCGUGCGAGCGGCUGCGAUGAACCCGGUGAAUGCCACUGCUCUCUACGUUUCAGCGAGCCGCCUGGUGCUCAACUACGACCCUGGGGAUCCCCAGUCCUUUACAGAGAUUAACAAGCUCCUGCCCUACUUCAGGCAGUCCCUCUCCUGCUGCGUUUGCGGAAAUUUGCUACAAGACCCUAUUGCUCCUACCAACUCCACAUGUCAGCAUUAUGUCUGCAAAACUUGUAAAGGCAAGAAGAUGAUGAUGAAACCGUCAUGUAGCUGGUGCAAGGACUACGAACAGUUUGAGGAGAAUAAGCAGUUAAGCAUCUUAGUGAACUGCUAUAAGAAACUCUGCGAAUACAUAACGCAAACUCCACUGGCACGAGAUAUUAUCCAAGCAGUUGAUUGUUCUGCAGAUCUUUUGGCUUUGCUCAAAGAUGGAUCACCACUCCAUGAAGAGACAGAAAAAUCUUCUGAUACAGCCUUGGCUUUGUGUUUGACACAUUCCCCAGUACCUUCAACCUCAGAACUCACAACUGAUCCUCCAGCUAGUUUUACGUCAAUACCUGAAAGCACACACAACAUUGAUAUUAGAGGUUCUGUUAUCAACGGGUUGCCCAAUUGUAAUGGGCUUUCGGUAGAUAAACUUGGAGUGAAUAUUCCUUCUCCUGAACACGCAAACACAAUUGAUGUCUGUAGUACUGGAGAGUAUAUAAAAACUGAAGAUAUCUCUAGCAGCCUGCAGCCUGUGUGUGAUACAGUUUCUACUAGUGACUUGUGUACGACAGGCAUUGACAUCUGCAGUUUCAGUGAAGAUAUAAAACCAGGUGGCUCGCUUCUCCUUAGCGUUGAGGAGGUGCUCCGGAGCUUAGAGACCGUUUCAAAUACUGAAGUCUGUGAUUCUAAUUUGCAGCCCAGCUUGGAAGCAAACAUGACUAACGGCCCUUUCCUGCAGCUUUCUCCCCCACCUCUUAGCCAUAACAUUUUCAUGUCCACAGAUGCUUCUCCUCACGGAAUCUCCUGUACAGCGGCGACGCCUAAGGUAGUUAAGUUAAACAGAAAGCGAUCUCGAUCAGAAAGCGACAGUGAAAAGGUUCAACCUCUACCCAUUUCCAGCAUCAUCUGUGGCCCAACAUUGGGAGCAUCAGCUCCUGUAACAGUGAAACAGGAAAAUAAAAUGUCUUUGCAGCCUAUCGCAACUGUACCUAACGGAGGCACUACUCCCAAAAUAAGUAAAACUGUGCUCCUGUCUAACAAAAGCAUGAAAAAGAAUUUAGAACAUGCCCCUAAGAAAUCUCACCCGAAAGCCAAACCAGGGGUGCUGAAAACGAAAGACAAAGCAAAGGAGAAAGUUCCUAGCAGUAACGUUAUGCCAGGAAGCCCAACAAAAACUGUGUAUAAAAAGCCACAAGAAAAGAAAGGGUGUAAAUGUGGUCGUGCCACCCAAAAUCCAAGUGUUCUUACAUGCCGUGGCCAACGCUGCCCUUGCUAUUCUAACCGCAAAGCCUGCCUUGACUGCAUAUGCCGUGGCUGCCAAAACUCAUACAUGGCUAAUGGGGAGAAGAAGCUGGAGGCAUUUGCAGUGCCAGAAAAGGCCUUGGAGCAGACUAGGCUUACUUUGGGCAUUAAUGUGACAAGCAUUGCGGUGCGCAAUGCCAGCACAAGCACCAGUGUAAUCAAUGUGACAGGGUCACCAGUAACUACGUUUUUAGCUGCCAGUACACACGAUGAUAAAAGUUUGGAUGAAGCUAUAGACAUGAGAUAUGACUGUUGAGUCUGUCUUUCUUUUCCCUGCCAUCAGUAGGGGAACUGCUACAGUUUUAAGGCAGCUAUGGUUCUGUUUAACUUGCUGGAGCUCCUGCGUUUAGAUCACUUGUAUCAAGUGUUUUUCAUUGCUAUGUUAUGUGUAUUAGUGUCUGGGAAAUAGUUGCAGAUAAUGGAGGAGUUACCCUAAAACUGUUUUUAGUUCUUACAGCACCUCAUAGUUUGAGAUCAAUUGCUGAUGUAAAUGAUUUUAUCACCAGAUCUUUGGCAAGGAAGACAUUAACCUCAUUGUACUUGGUCAUGCUUUGUGCUCAGUCAAAGCUUCUGCUUAAAUGUAGAAAACUGGUAUCUAGUUAGUCCAUCUAAACUGUGCUAGAUUCUGAUGUAGAAAAGUAAUUAUCAAUUAGUUACAGUCACCAUUACUAAAAAAUCACCUAAUACGCCUGUAGGAAAUACAGCAUUGAGCUGGGGAAUACUGUUUGAAAAGGGUAGAUAAUUUCCGAUUGUGAGAAUUAGUUAUCUACUCUAUGGAACAGUUUGAAACUAAAAAAGUUUAGUAAUAUAUUGAGAAAGCUAAUAGCCCAAAAAGCAGCUCAGUCUCCAGACAAGGUUCAGGAAGAUCAGUUGGUUAGAUAUGAACGUCACACUGCUGACUCGGAUACGCCGUCCCUGUUAACAACAUCACUCGUUUUUUUUUGUUUUCAUGACAAUUCCACAGGUCACGUUCCUGAUCAGUUAUGCCCUUCAUGCCAAUUCUGUUUGUUUGACAUGUUGCUAUUUUGGCUGGGGCAGUAAAAUUACUUUUUCACAAAGAAGGCUCAAGUUUUAUUAGCACUGUUCUCUCCUUUUUUCCUCCCCCCCUUUUUUUUUUGAGUUCCUGCUGAUUUUACUGCUGUUGCCCCUCGAAAAGAGAGGGGGUUUUGUGGGUUACAGAGAGACUCCUUGGCUGA